AAAGAAAGAAAGAGAAAGAAAAUAUAUGCUAAUUGCAUAUAAAAGGAGUCGCUACGGCACAUCUCAUUAACAUAAAAAGGUAACAAUUUUUCUUCUAUAGUUUUUUGAUUAUUUGAGAAGUUCAAGUGGUAUUUUUUCAACUAUUUAAGCAUUUAUUUAUUUUAUACCCGGUGCAACGCACGGGUCCUUUUGCUAGUCUAUCGCUAAUCUCUCCCUAAUCUCUACCUCUCUAUCUCUACCUAAUAUCUUUCCCUACUAAUAAAGCACGGAGUGCUUCUGCCCGUCCGUCGUCAACUUUUACAGAAAACACCCUGAUUUUACUGAUAAUCAACCCGCAAUCCUAUUAUCCAGUCAACCUGAACCGGUACGGGCAACAGAAAAGAAAAAAAACACCCGAGACCCACGACCUUGCCUCCCAUCCAUCCAUCGCGCGCCGCAACCGCCGGCCACCACCCAUCCGGCGCGCGCCGCCGCCGGCCGCUCCUUCCGCCGCGCGCCGCCGCCGGCCGCUCCUUCCGCCGCGCGCCGCCGUCGCCGGGCCCACCCUCAAGUAAAGGGAACCAAACAAAUUUCCUACAGAGGAGAAGGGAACAGAACAAAUUUCAUCCGAGGAGAAGGGAAAAGAACGAAAUUUCCUCCGUAAUGUGGAAGAGGGAGCAAAGGAAAGUGAAAUGGAAUGCGAAGGAGGAUAAACUCCCAAGUGGAACAAGCCGAACGCAUCGAUCUCCCUAAGAUAGAGUGGUCGUGGUUGCCUUGGCGCUCGCGAGCUAGCAACUUCGGAGCAGAGGAAGAGAGGGGGGGCCAUCGGCCCAGGCGCUGCGGUCGGGAACAAGGACGAGUCCAGCAGCUACAAGGAGAUGACCGUGUCGCUCCUGACCGGCACCGGGAAGUUCAACAUCAGCGACUUCGUGCCGGCGCUGUCGUGGCUAGACCUGCAGGGAGUGCAGGCCAAGCUGCGCCGAGUGCACCGCCAGUUCGACGGGCUCAACACGAAGCUGCUGGUGCCUGGUGGAGCACGCGGCAACGGACGAAGAGCCUGGGAGGAGGGCCGGUUGGACUUCGUGGACAUGCUUCGGUUGGUGGCUUGGAGCAGGCCGGGGCGAGGCGGAAAACGCGAGUGCCGAGCAGAGGACGAAGCAAGGAUGAGCGGCGCGGGAUCGGUCGGACCUCUGGGGGGCGUGUCGCAGGUGGCGGAGGCUGUGGGCGGGGCCGUCCGAAUCGGAUUGGAGGCGAGGCUGCUGGCCGGAUCCGGAGCGGGUCGGCGACUGGGGCAGGACGGCCAGAUCAGACCCAUGGCAGAGGAGCUUCCAUGGCGCCUAUGGGUUCCUCACUGAUAAGGGGUGAUGCCCUGGCUCUGGCCAGCCACCACGGCCGCGCGCACUCCAGGAGAGUGGAGUGCAUCGUCGGCACAACACAUGUAGAAGAGGAGGAGCAACACUGGGUGAUAGUGGCUGGAGAAGAGGAGGAGUAGCGCUGAGUGAGAAGAAGGAGUGGCGAUGUGGAUAAGGCAAGCAGAUGGGUAGAUGGAUGAGAAGGAGUGGCGCUGGCCGGUCGGUGCUUUUCUUUAAUAACGA